AGUCAAGGCGGGGUGGAGGCUCCGCCUGAGCGGCGGGGAGCGGAUCAGGGAGGAGGGAAGACCGGAAGCCGCGGCCGGGCCCCAUCCUUACUUUCGCGUUCCCCCCGGGGCUGGGAGCCGUGAAGCUGGCGGAGGGAGAGGCUGGAGGCUGUCUGGGAGAUAAAGGGAAGCGUCCCCUCAGCCCGCGCUCCCUUCUCAGUCACGGGCUCCUGGAGCGCGCCGCGGAGGACGCCGGGCCGGCUCAGAACCGCGCCGAGGAGGCGCAGCCCGCGGCGGGGACCGAUCGGCGACAUCUGAGGCCCGUCUCCCGCGCCGUCCCCACCACCACCACCGCCUCCGCCGCCGCCGCCGCCAUGUCCUCCACCUCCUCCUCCUCCCCCAAGGAGGAGACGUACGAGGAGGAUCGGGAGUUCGAGAGCCAGGCCAAGCGCCUCAAGACCGAGGAGGGAGAGAUCGUCUACUCGGCCGAGGAGAGCGACCAUCGCCAGGAAGCGACGCCUCAGGCGGGGAGCGAUAGCGACAGCGGCGGCGGCGACGGAGGCGACGGAGACGGAGGCAGUGGCGGCGGCGACGGCGAGGAAGGCGAAGGCGGAGAAGAAGGCGACGGCGAAGAAGGCGACGAAGGCGACGGCGAUGAGGGGGGGAGCGGCGGCGACGAAGGCGGCAGCGGCGGCGGUGGCGGCGGCCCUCGGAGCAUGCCCCCGUCCACGGAGGGAGGUGGAAGCCAUCAUAAAGUUUCUGUUUCCCCUGUUGUUCAUGUUCGAGGGCUCUGUGAAUCUGUCGUGGAAGCUGACCUUGUGGAGGCACUGGAGAAAUUUGGGACAAUAUGCUAUGUGAUGAUGAUGCCAUUUAAACGACAGGCUCUGGUGGAGUUUGAAAAUAUAGAUAGUGCCAAAGAAUGUGUGACAUUUGCUGCAGAUGUGCCUGUGUACAUUGCUGGCCAACAGGCUUUCUUCAACUAUUCUACAAGUAAAAGAAUCACUCGGCCAGGAAAUACCGAUGAUCCAUCAGGGGGCAACAAAGUCCUCUUGCUCUCUAUUCAGAAUCCUCUUUAUCCAAUUACGGUGGAUGUUCUAUAUACUGUUUGCAACCCUGUUGGAAAAGUACAGCGUAUUGUUAUCUUCAAGAGAAAUGGGAUACAAGCGAUGGUUGAGUUUGAGUCAGUCCUUUGUGCCCAGAAGGCUAAAGCAGCACUCAAUGGAGCUGAUAUAUAUGCCGGAUGUUGCACACUAAAAAUUGAAUAUGCAAGGCCAACUCGUCUAAAUGUUAUUAGGAAUGACAAUGACAGUUGGGACUACACUAAACCUUAUUUGGGAAGACGAGAUAGAGGAAAGGGUCGCCAGAGACAAGCCAUUUUGGGAGAUCAUCCUUCUUCGUUUAGACAUGAUGGCUAUGGAUCGCAUGGUCCGUUACUGCCUUUACCAAGUCGUUAUAGAAUGGGCUCUAGAGAUACACCUGAACUUGUUGCUUAUCCAUUACCACAAGCUUCUUCCUCUUACAUGCAUGGAGGAAGUCCAUCUGGCUCCGUUGUAAUGGUUAGUGGAUUACAUCAGCUCAAAAUGAAUUGCUCACGAGUCUUCAACCUAUUCUGCUUAUAUGGAAAUAUUGAAAAGGUAAAGUUUAUGAAGACCAUUCCUGGCACAGCCCUUGUAGAAAUGGGUGAUGAGUAUGCUGUGGAAAGAGCUGUCACACACCUUAAUAAUGUCAAACUAUUUGGGAAAAGACUUAAUGUUUGCGUGUCUAAACAGCAUUCAGUUGUUCCAAGUCAAAUAUUUGAGCUAGAGGAUGGUACAAGCAGCUACAAAGAUUUUGCAAUGAGCAAAAAUAAUCGCUUUACAAGUGCUGGCCAAGCAUCUAAGAAUAUAAUACAGCCACCGUCAUGUGUGCUGCAUUAUUACAAUGUCCCACUGUGUGUCACAGAAGAGACCUUCACAAAGUUGUGUAACGACCACGAAGUUCUUCCGUUCAUCAAAUAUAAAGUGUUCGAUGCGAAAGCUUCUGCGAAAACUCUGUCUGGGCUGUUGGAGUGGAAAUGCAAAACUGAUGCUGUGGAAGCUCUUACUGCACUCAAUCACUACCAGAUACGAGUCCCAAAUGGUUCCAAUCCCUAUACAUUGAAGCUUUGCUUUUCUACAUCAUCCCAUUUAUAAGAAGAGAAGAGCAUGUUAGAAUUUAUGUUCAUCUUUAUUACAGUUUUAAAGCUAUACUUCAUCCAUAAUAAUCUAAAAUGGUUGAUCUAAUGUUGCCUUGCUUACUAUAAGAUCCUGUUCUGUAAUAAACAUAUUUUGCCUCAAGUAAAUUUGUUGUUAACUUAAAUAUUGUUUUCACCUUAAGAUAGAGUACCAUAAUGUAGACUGCCUACAGCUUCAUUGUAGAUUAUACAAAUGUAUGAUUUCUAACAUUAUCACGAAUUUUGUUCCAUGGUAAAAUAUAUUUGCAUUCUUAAUAGUAAUUAUCUGCAGAUGUUUUUCCAUUGUGUAUGAGAUUAAUGCAGGUGAAAGUAUUGCAUUUUAAUACCGAAUUCCUACAAUAGAUGAUUGAGUCUGUUACAGUUACUCAUAUUAAAUAUAAUUUGUAUUUAUUAUUUUAAUCAAAUUUGAGAAUGACAUUGCAUAUGUUGACUUUCAAGAGCUACAGAUUUAGCUGACGUCGAUUUCUAAAAGGCUUAAUAGAAAUGACCACACUUGUAUGGUAUGCACUCAGACUCAGAUUGGUAUGUUUCUUUAAAAGUCAUCAUUUGUAUUGACAUGCUUCUGUUCCUAGUUCCAGUUUGGAGGUUUUAUAAAGUUAUAAUAAUAAGUUAAUGUGUUCAUCUUCAUUAUUUUGCAUGUGACCUAAUCUUAAAAGUACAUGUAGUAUUUGACAUUGAUAUUUUAAUACUAUAGAAGCUAAAUUUAACAAUUCUUCUAUAUAAUAAUCUGGGUUCCAUAAAUGAGUUUUCAGAGAACUUGUGAGCCCUUCCAAAAUUGUGUGUAGAGCUUGGAAUAUAUGCAUUUUUAUUUCUUAAUCUUUGAUCCAUCAUAAUAUAUGUAUUUUUCUAUAUGGUGUAAGAUUUAAGAAUUAAUUUUAUUUUUGAUCAAAACAGCUAUUUGUCUCAACACCAUUUAUUAAACAUUCUCCCUCUG